AACUGUAUUUGAAGAGUUAGGGGGAGGGAGGGGGGUCAUAAGCAUUAAUCCGACAUCGGCCUGGGAAUUUUUCAUCCAGUGCACUUUUGGUACUACUGAGCACUGAAAAUAAAAAGAUCACAACGAAGUAAAAUUAUACUAAAAAUGAUCUUUUUGAACCCUAUUUAUGGCAAUCCUGAAGUAACAAAUAUGAAAGUUUUGUCAAUGUAUUCUGGUCUAGAUAAAAAAAAAACACUGAACCAAACAACAAAAUCGUCAAAAAACAGUAAAAUGUGGACAGAAAAAUACUUGUACAAAAAUGAUUUAACAAAAUUAGAUUUGUUUCUGAAGCAGGAAAGUUUGAGUAUUUGGCGAGCUGAUCUUCCAAUUACUGACUUUGGAAGCCAGCACAAUCCACCUAAGCCAAUGGGUAUGUGUUGUAUGCAUCCAAAUGCCUUUAACGUGUCCAUUUAAAUGACCCAACAGUUCUUUAAUGCU